AACGUUCAAUAUACAUCCCAUAUAGAACAACAAAACGCACAUUCUAGUGGAAUUUGGUCAGCUAGGUGGUCUCCGCAUGGUAACGUAGUUGUUACAGGAUCAUUAGACAAAACUAUAAAAGUUUGGGAUGCAGAAACUGGAGACUUUUACCGUACCAUUCAGGGACAUAAUCUAGGAAUCAUAUCACUAGACAUUGAUCCUCUAGGAGAAAUGAUUGUGUCCGUAUCAUUAGAUAAUACAAUUAGAAGGUGGUCAGUAAAUGAUGGAAUUCAUCUUGAAACGAUACAAGUCAAACCUGGUGAUGCGUGGAGUUGUCAAUUCUCUCCAUCAUCACCUGAGGUACGUUAUUUUGCUACCAGCUCUCAAAAGGGAAAGGUAGAUCUUUGGGACAUUACGACAACGCCUUCGAGUAUAGUCCAAUCUUAUUCAUCUGGAGAAGGGAAAUUUGCAUUUUGUACGCGUUUUAGCCCUAAUGGUAAAUUACUUGCAUUUAGCACCGAAAAUGACUGUAUUCAUUUGUUUGAUAUAGAAAGUGGAAAGAACAUUCACAAAUUUAAAG